CGGAUGGUCCGUCGACCGCUCUUUGGCCCUGAAGGAAUCUUGAUAGUGGAAGAGAAAUACGUAGCGCCGUAUUGGUGAUUUUGGUGUACUGUAGUCGUUUUUCCCCCGCCGUUCCCCCGGUUUUCCAAAGCGGUAGUUGAGGGUUCUCCGGAAGCGGGGUGGAAAGAUUCUCGUGCGGUAGCUAGUUUGCAGACAUGGAUACUUCUGGGCAAGUUAUCAAAUGUAGGGCGGCUGUGGCUUGGGAAGUCGGCAAGCCACUUUCGAUUGAAGAAGUGGAAGUCGCUCCACCAAAGUCUCAUGAAGUUCGUGUGAAGAUAAUAGCCACAGGAAUAUGCGGAACGGAUGACCAUGUGCUGGCAGGUUCUUUCUCCAAAGUAGAGUAUCCUGUAAUUCCAGGCCAUGAAGGAGCUGGAAUAGUAGAGAGCGUUGGGCCAGGAGUGAUGUGUGUGAAACCAGGAGACAAAGUGAUUCCUCUUUGUCUGCCCCAGUGUGGAGAAUGCAGCUCGUGUUUAAAAUCAAACACCAACUGUUGCUUGAAAACCCACAUCUGCGAACCACAAAAUCUGAUGCCUGACAAAACCAGUAGAUUCACCUGCAAAGGGAAACAAGUUCAUCACUUUCUUUGGAUCAGCACUUUCUCUGAAUAUACAGUCAUGCCUGACUCUACCAUUGUUAAAAUUGAUGAUGCUGCACCUCUGGAUAAAGUCUGUCUUUUUGGUUGUGGAUUCUCUACUGGUUAUGGGGCUGCCCUCAAUACAGCCCAGGUUAUGCCUGGAUCCACCUGUGCUGUUUUUGGUUUGGGAGGAGUUGGUCUCUCUGUGGUCAUGGGAUGCAAAGCAGCUGGAGCGUCUCGUAUCAUUGGGAUUGACAUUAACAGAGACAAAUUUGGAAAGGCAAAAGAAUUGGGAGCUACAGAAUGUCUUAACCCUCAAGAUUACAAGAAACCCAUUCAAGAAGUACUGCUGGAAAUGACUGGACAUGGUGUGGAUUAUGCCUUUGAGGUUGUUGGAUGUUUGGAGACAUUGACAGCUGCUUUGGCAUCCUGUCACAUGGGCUGUGGGAUCUGUGUAAUGGUUGGUGUGCCUCCCUUAGGUGCACAACUCUCUUUUGAUCCCAUGCUGCUUUUAACAGGACGCACCAUGAAAGGGAGUUUCAUUGGAGGCUGGAAGAUGAAAGAUUCAAUUCCUCAGUUGGUCUCCAGUUACAUGGAAGGGAAAUUUAAACCAGAUGUUCUGAUCACCCAUGUUUUGCCAUUCAGUGAAAUUGGAAAAGGAUUUGACUUGCUUCAUGCUGGAAAGAGCAUUCGUACUGUCUUGAUGUUUUAAGUUGCUCAACUUGCUGCAUCUGCCUGGAAGUCUUUAGCCUGGAACCAUGAAGAACACCCUUUUCCUUGGCUCUAUGUUUGUUCUGAAAGUUCUGGCAAAAGAUGCUAUUAUUUCGUCUCUUUCUGUGUUUAUGUUUAGAAUGUAGCAUAAACUACAGGAUUUACAACAUGGAAAGUUGAUUUUACUUGGCUCCAAAUGCUGAAAAAUUCCAAGUCAUGGCCUUAGUUCUAAUUAUCACAGGAAGAGCACAAUCCAGCAUUUCUAAGGCUCCAAAAUGGAAAAAAAAUCUAUCAUACUUACAUUAAAUGCAUUGGAAAAUUCAUGUCUUGGAUCGCUUAGCCUUAUGGUAUUAGAAUGUGACAUGAUUCACUAAUUGAAUUACACCAGAAUGGCACCUGAUUAGUGAAGAGAGAUUAGGACCAAUCACCCUUGACUGCUUUCUCCUUAUAGUUCUGUCUCCACAGCAUUAAUUCCACUGAAACAGGGCCACGCCUCCAGGCAGUCCCUUGGUGCCAGCAGCAGCUCCUGUCCUCUGGCAGCCCAGGGCCACACAUGUGGCAACCUCCCUUCAUUUUCUUGGCACUGCAGUUCUCUUGUUAAGCCAGUGAUCAAAUGGGGACUUGGACCCAGGCUUUUCUGGUUCCAGUCCAACACCUCAACCACUGCACUAGCUGUCAUAGAGGGUGGGUGCCUCUGCCAUAUAAUUUGAUAUCAAAGAAUUUGAGACUUGCUCUUUGCUUUCUCUCCUGUUCAUGCUUCCUUACCACCCAUAGCCUAAUGUGCUGAAGAUAGAAUGGAACUGUCUUCCUUGGCUUGCCCUCCAAUUUGAAUGCCAACCAUGCCAACUCUGUACUUUCAGUGCACAGUCAAUGGAACUAGAUACCAAAGCAUCUGUCAGCAGCUCCAGUAAUUGUUUUAGGUAUGCUUAAUUGUGCACUGAAAAUUGUGCAAAGCUAAUCAACGAAAGAAAAGUACACAUACAAUAGCAUCAGAGGAUCAGCACUGCUUCAAAAUGGAUAAUAAGCAUAGCAAUUUUUUUAAAAGGGCCUGGCAAAUCAUUAUAAAUGGAACAGCUGCAACACUUGGACUAUAUUGCUUUAAAGUUUUCUUCCUCGACCUUUGGCUGAAAAAGGCUCAUUUAAAUUUGUCAACACAUACAAUAGGAACAAUCCUUAGUCAUAAAUCAUGUGAAUAUUUUCCAUUCCAGUGUUUUACAAUUCUUCCAGCCAACUCCCAUUUCCCAGAAAAUCCACCAAAUAGAUUUUAAAUGCUGAAGAUAUACUAAGAAAAAUGGAGGCAUCUAUAACAUAAAGCAAUUGAUCUGAAGUCAUUCUGAUGUCAACCCCAAAACCGACAAUAAUGAGGACGAGACCAAACCAUCCUCUUACAGUCUCAGUAAAAUAAAUCAGCCUUCGCCACACUGGGUGCCUUUCAGAUGUGUGGACUUCAAAUUCCAGAUUACUCAGAUUUAUUGGUUAGGGAUUAUGCAGAUUGAAGUCCAACAAUUGCAGGGUGCCCAACUUGGAAAAAGCCUGAGGACAGUGGACAUGAAGAACUGCUUACCUAUGGUAUCCCUUUUUGCACUUCAAAACUAUGAUAGGAUGGGACAUCUAUAAUAAAUUGCUGGUUAGGGCUUUAGAGACUCCUGAAUUGAAAGGUACUGAAAGCUUAAUUUGGGACAUUGUUUGGAGUAGAGAAGAGACCAAAAGAUUCUAUCGUAUUUUUAAAAGAGAAAAGAUGAAAAAAAAAUCCUUUUCAAAGGGUACAAGCCAUUUUGUUUGGCCUUAUGUGAAGUGAAACCAUUUAUGGUGUGUGGGCUUUUUGUUGAUGAAAGAACAAAAAUACGAUUUUUAUAUUGUGUUUUGAGAUCGCCCAGUCAGAUGUUGGAAGGCUUGAACCAGCUGGAACAAUUCCUGGGAGCGCAAAAGUAGGAAUUAUCUGAAUGUCAAAGGCAGUUUUAAAAAGGCUUUCAUUUAAGUAGAAUUGAAUGCUUUAUGCACUGGUAGUAAAACAAAUGCUAACAAUAAGAGAAAAUGUAUUAGAAAUCCUCACAAAAGGCAGCCUUAAAACUAUUUUUUAAAAAUAUAGUUGCAUGCAAAACUUUGGUAUCCUAAAUCUCUAAGUAAAUAGAAGUUGACAUAAUGAUACAGAGUUGCACAUCUUUUUGCAAAUUUGAAUGUAUACUUACUAUGGAUGUUGGUUUAAAAUUUUUAAAAAAAACAGUAUGGUGGAUGGAGAAAUUUGGACACCCUUUCAAUUAGUACUUUAUUAUAGCUCCUUUAACAGAACUAACAGCUUCCAAAUGUUUCCUGUAGCCAGCUAAGUCUUUCAAUUCUUGCUUUUGGGAUUUUUCCCCCUACUCUUCCCAGCUCAGAAAUAUUCUUAGAUCUCCUUGCAUGCACUGCAUGUUUGAGAUCUCCCCACAGAUUUGUAAUAAUAAGUGUGGGGACUGUGAAAGCAAGUCUAAACUUACUUUAUUUUCCUAUUAGUACUUCAAGGUUGAUUUAGUGGUAUGUUUCAGGUCAUUGUCUUGCUGAAUCAUCCAACCCUUUGUGCCUUCAGUUUCUUAACUGCCUGUGGCACAUUAAUUUCCAGGAUGUACGGUUACUUAGUUCAAGUCAUUUUUCCUUCCAUCUAUGCAAUAGUUCCUGUGGCCGCUGGCUGCCUCACAACUAUAAAGCAUAAUAGAGCUGCAUAACUCUUGUAUUUAACAGUUGGCAAGGUCUUCUUGUCUUCAAAUGUUUCACCUUUUUUUCUCCAAGCUUAAUUUAUAUGGUUGUGGUUGGACGGUUCAGUAUGUGUUUCAUCAAUCCAAAGCACUUUGUCCCACUGUUCAAGGUUUUCUUUUGCAAAAUUUAGACAUUGACUUCUGUGAUGAGGUCAGAGAAAAAUUUCCUUCUGACAGCUUUCCUGUGCAGAUCAGUGUUGUGUAAGUAAUGAUGUCCUGUUUAUCUGUGGAAAAGUACUCCAGUAUCUGCUAAACCUUUCAGUAGGUUAUAUGAAGUGGUCUGUGGGUUCUGUUUUGCAGUGGGUUCUAGCAGAGACUUUGCUUCGUGUUCCAUAUCUUGCCUUGACUUCAGCAGUUCCAUUUCUUAAUGUUUCUCAGAAUUAAAAGUGCUAACUGUAAGUGUUCAGGGUUUUUUCUAACCAUCCCCUGCUUUUAAGAAUUCACUAUUUUCAUUUUCAAAUGCUCAGGUAGCUGCUUAGUUAUUAGCCCACAGUUAUUGAAAGUAGACACAACAACAAACACAACAUGAGGGUGAAGGGUCAGUGUAUUUUUUCACCUGUGAAAUUGUCUUCACCUUGCUAACUAGGUUAAUGAGUCAAGUCACCUUUUGAGGCUUAUUAACAAUUUUACAGUAAAAAAAAAUGUAACAUUGAAUCAGCUGGAAGGGAGUCCAAACUUUUCCACUUACUACAUUCAAAUUCAUCUUAAAGAAUCAAGGUCCAGGCCAUUGAUAUUUUUGGGAGAACCAGCUGCCAAUCCGAAUGCAAAAUAUGCAGAGAUAUGUUUUAGAGCAGAAGCAAAUAAAACAAACAAACAAAAAGGCCAGGAUCAACUGUAAUAAAUUUAGGUGUUUCAGAACAAGAAAUGGGUGAGUAGUUAAAAACAGGUAGAGAUCAAUUUCCAAUGGUUCUGAACCAUCUGUGGUGUCCCCAUACUAUGGAGAAGUUGUCUGAUUUGAGGAGUAGGCAGGACUUAAGGCUUCCUAAGUUUUGGUGCCCAGAUUGGCAUGGGGGUGGGGGAGUCAGAUAGCAAACACAGGAACUCCAGCAGUAUAACUUGUCAACUCCCAUCCUCUAAGCCAAACAAAAUGGCUUAAGAAAAAGCUUUUGAGGAAUGUGUAAGGGGUGGUUCCCCAACUGACAAAGAUUCAGGAGACUUAUCAUGUAAACAACCAGCCACCAUCUUUCCCAUUAUCAAGGAAAAGUCCUGCCUCCUUCCUGCAAAGACUGUGAGAAAGAGAACCAGAAUAUUGAUUGUAAUGUACGCAAAUAUAUGUUGGUAUUAAGUUGAAAAUACUUCACUUGCUAGAAUUCUUGUACCCCUGCCCAUUUCAUCUUAAUAAAACUUGCUAAAGAA